AUCCCAGACCAACCGCAGCCUGGAUUCCGUACAACGAACCGUCAUUCUUUCCAGGGUAGUAACGGAACGCAUUGGAUGUUAAACUAAAUUGCAUAAACAGCUCGCAUAGCGCCAUCAAGGGCCAAGCGUACGUCUUAGCUACCCACGCAUCACAUUCGCUUGCACAGCCUCUUUUUACAGGGAAGCACACUCACACAUCUCACAGAUAGAACAGAUGAAGAACAACUAUGCCCGAACCGGGGUUCGAAGCCAGGACGUCCACAUCACGGGGAAGACGCGCUACCCCUAUGCCAGGACGCCGGCAUUCUGAUUGCAUAGGCAAAAUCUCUUGCCAAAAUAUGGAUCUCAAGAAGCACUUUCAAGAAGCUCUUACACUUCGCUCUCCACGCAUGUGACAUAAAACAUAGAAAUAGUGCUGCCUGUCAUGAAGAAGCAUCGUAUAUUGAAAAACCUCGCUUCUCUCGCCUUUGGUCAUUUUUUGGUAUUCACUGCUUUCGAUUCUUUGAGCAACCUGCAGAGUACCGUCAACCAAAGCGAUGGAGUCGGGGUGGCCUCGCAAUCGGUCAUCUAUUCCUUCUUCACCAUCUCAUCUUUCUUCUUGCCCACUUACUUCAUAAGGAGAUUCGGCUGCAAGAAAACGUUACUGAUAUCAGUGUUUAGUGUGUGCCCAUACGUAGCCGCUAAUUUCUACCCCACAUGGGGAACACUGAUGCCCUCUGCAGUAUUGAGUGGUAUGGCAUUCGGUCCUCUGUGGGCCGCGAGGAGUACAUAUGUCAACGAAUUGAGUUUCCAGUUCUCCGAUUACUCGAAAGCCUCUAUCAGUGUUAUCAAUGCUUGGUUCUUUGGAAUCUAUUCCUUUUUCCAUGAAAAUGCUGAGAUUUGGGGUAAUGUCAUUUCCUAUUACGUCCUGAAGGAAACAGAUAAUGGGACGAAGAUCAUUGUACCAGAUGAAACUUUGCUGCAAUGUGGCGUUAAUUUUUGUGGUAGAUCCCCUGACAUUGCCAAUCCAAACUUGAAACCACCUUCAGAGGAAAAAAGAUACAUUCUAACGGGCAUUUAUUUCACUAUAGUUGUGCUGGCGGGUUUUGUUAUACUGUUCUUCAUGGAUCCAUUAGAUGACAGUUCUUGUGAAGAUAAUGUUAAAAAUGAUAAAGAGAAGCCAAGACUUUCGGCCAAUCUACUCAUUGCAACUUUUGAACAUAUGAAGAAUAGAGAUCAGUUGCUGCUCAUUCCCCUUUCUUUCUAUUGUGGCUUAGCAGAUGGAUUUUACAACUGCGAUUUUACUAAGUCCUAUAUCGCCUGUGCCUGGGGUAUUUCACAAGUUGGCCAUGUGACCAUCUGCUAUGGAGUAGUGAGUGCCGUGAUGGACUGCUCGUCUGGCUCCCUGGUGAAAUGGUUGACCAGGAUCCCCGUCUUCCUACUUGCGGCCUCCGCGCACCUCACAAUGUUCAUCAUCCUGCUGCUGUGGCGACCCCAGUCAGACAACUACGCCCUCUACUUCAUUCUUUCAGGAGUGUAUGGAAUAGGGGCCAGUGUUUGGUGGUCACAAAUUAUUGCCUUUUAUGGAGUUAUAUUCAAGAAAAAUGAGGAACCUGCAUUUUCUAACUUCUACUUCUGGAGCUCACUGGGAUUUUCGGUCGCCUAUGCUUACAGCGACAUCUUGUGCACCGCUGUAAAGAUUUACAUUUUGGUCACACUCCUACUUCUUUCUAUAGCGGCUUACAUAGGAGUCGAAUUCAAACAUUCUUGCUCAAAAACAGAACGCAACCUCAAUAUUCAGCAGCUAGAGUGCAGAGUGCAAAUGAAAGAUAGUGACGCUUCUUUGAGCUGACAGUGAUGCAUUCAACAUUUAGCAGCUGUGAACAUCUCCACAAGAUUAAUUUUCACACAAUGCCGAUGUUUGACUCCCGUUGACCAAUAUUCCUAUCUCCUUGCUAUCAAACUCUGUUAAAAUUGAUAAUUUUCCAUUAUAAAAUAAGGAAUAAUUUACUUCCACUAAUACACAGAAGGAUUUUCAUAUUUGCGCAACCAUUCUAUCAAUGAAUAAUAAAAUGAUUAAACUAUUUUUGAUAAAAUUAAGCCUGCGUUUUACAAUAAUAAAAAAUUUAUUUUAAAAAUGUAAAAAACUUUACAAUGUAAAAAACUUUAUGCUAUCAAUUAUUAAGUUAGAUACCUUAAAUUAAUAUUAAAUGGGUACAUAGAGAACGCUUGAAAUUAUGAGAAUUCGGAAAAUGAUUAAACUAUUUUUGAUGAAAUAAAGACUGCGUUUCAGGAUAAUAAUAAAUUUAUUUUAAAAAAGGCAUUUCUUCAUACUAUGCAAUGUAAAAGAGCUUUAAGCUAUCUACUAUUAAAUUUGAUACCGUAAAAUUUAUCUUCAAAAUUGUAUAUAGAGGGCGUGUAGGAACAGGUUGUGAGUAACGCAACUCAUCAUCUCAAGUCAUUGUGGUUCACACGUAACUAAAUAUUAUAAAUAAUUGUUAAUGUUUUGUAUUUGUUUAACUGUUAUAAUUGUUCAGGUUUGUUUUUGAAGUAAUUGCAGCAAAUAUAUUUUAUAUAUUAUUUUGCGUCAAAUGGAACUGUUUUCUGCUGUUGCAUCUGGCAAAGAGGAUUAUGUUGUAAAAAAUAAAUAGAACGAGUGAGAUGCUCGCUGUUUCUUGGA